AUGCAUGUCAAGCAUUAUCUCUCUGCCGUCCUGUAUGGGUUGCCAGUCCUAGCCCAGAACUCACAAUCAUCGCAUGCCUCGUCAGCCAGCGCUUCUCCUGCCGACCCCUUCAAGGUCUAUACCAUCAGCGCAGAGAACAUCACGGCUAAAUUCAUUCCAUACGGAGCACGCUUGAUCUCUCUGCUCGUUCCUGACCGCGACGGCAAAGAUCAGGAUGUCGUCAUUGGCUAUGAUGAUCCAAAGGAAUAUCUCAACGACACUGAAACGGUGCACACCUUCUUCGGUGCCGUUGUUGGCCGGUAUGCCAAUCGGAUCAAGAACGGCACGUUCACCAUCGGUUCAUCCGAAUAUCAUGUGCCGAAAAACGAGAAUCACGGAGUCGACACCCUUCAUGGUGGCAAUGUGGGCUAUGAUCAACAGAACUGGACUGUCACGGCGCACUCCAAGUCAGCUGUGACGUUCACUCUGCUCGAUCAGGGCCUGGAGAAAUUCCCUGGGGACGUCAUUACCCACGCUACCUACAGCGUCGACACGACCGUCACCCCCGAGAACCCGCAAGGUCUCCCCCAGCUGACCACCAAACUGGUCUCCCUGGCCCUCACGGAGGCGACCCCCAUCAUGCUCUCCAACCACAUUUAUUGGAACCUGAACGCCUUCAAGGCCCCCAACGUCCUCAAUGACACCUUCCUGCAACUCCCGCUAUCCAACCGCAUCAUCGCCACAGACAGCAUUCUGAUCCCCAACGGCACCAUCCUCGGCGUCGACAGCGCCUUCAACGGCGCUGCAGACUUUACCACCGGCAAAUUCAUCGGCCGCGACCUCGAGGAUAGCCACGGCAUGUGCGGCCUCGGCUGCACAGGCUAUGACACCUGCUUCCUCGUGGACCGGCCCCCUCAAUACGCCGCCCCGAACUCGCUCGUCCCCAUCGUACGCAUGAACUCUAGCGCAACGGGCAUCAGCAUGGAAGUCUCGGCCAACAUGCCCGCGCUGCAGAUCUAUACCUGCGACAACGCCCAGAUGGACUACGUCGCCAUCAAGCCGUCGCAGGAGAAACGCAACAAGGAAGAGGGCAAGGAGGGCGCGAAGAACGUCAUGCAGUAUGGUUGCGUGGUCAUUGAGCCCGAGGGCUGGGUCGAUGGUAUCAACCAUCCUGAAUGGGGACAGCUGUCGGAGCAGAUCUUCUCGCCUGCUGAUGGGCCUGCGAUCAACUGGGCCACUUACAAGUUCGGCACUGUCUAA